AUGCGACCGACGGAUCGCAGUGAAUUCGGAAUCGCCAUAAUCUGUGCUCUCACUCUCGAAGCCGACGCCAUCGAAGCUUUGUUCGAUGAGACCUACGAUAAGUUUGGUCAAGUUUACGGGAAGCAGCCAGGAGAUACGAACGUGUACAUUACUGGCAGGAUCGGUCAACAUAAUGUUGUACUGUGCUAUUUACCAGGUAUAGGCAUAGGAAGUGCAGCAGGUGCAGCAGCGAAUUUGCAAGUCAGCUUCACUCGGAUUCAUCUGGCACUUGUGGUUGGAAUCUGUGGAGCUGUUCCAUUCCCAGCUCCAAACACGGAAAUCAUACUGGGGGAUAUCAUCAUCAGUGACUGUGUCAUCCAAUAUGAUUUUGGAAGGCAGUACCCGGAUGGCUUCAGACAAAAGAGCAAUGUGAAAGAAGUUCUUGGACGACCUAGCCAGGAGAUCAGAGCCUUGCUUGCGGCCUUAAAGGGUCGCAGGACGCGAAGAGAAUUAGAAGAUCAGAUCCGCCAACAUCUGCAGUUUCUUGGAGAAGAGGAAGAUAUCUGGAAGCACCCAGGCCUUGUACAUGAUGUGCUUUUUGAGGCUUCCUAUCACCAUAAGCACCAUCAGCAACGCCCUAGUGCCACGUGCAUAUGUUUUGAUCCGAUUCUCGCUUCUGGAAUUGUUUGCGAUGAGGCAGUCCAAAAGGACUGCAGUAGCCUGGGAUGUACAGAGAAUCAGAUCACUCGCCGUCGAUGUGGCAUUAAUUCCACUACCAAACCAUCCGUCCAUAUAGGGUCACUUGCAUCAGCCAACACAGUUAUGAAAUCUGGAGAGCACCGCGACAGAAUAGCUGAACGAGAGGGAGUCAUUGGCUUCGAGAUGGAAGGAGCUGGAGUUUGGGACAGUGUACCUUGUAUCAUUAUCAAGGGAGUUUGUGAUUAUGCAGACAGUCAUAAGAACAAGCUUUGGCAAGAUUAUGCUGCAGCAACUGCUGCAUCAUGCGCCAAAGUCUUGCUUGGGUACUGGACACCAAGGACUACUAAAGUAUUGCCACCUAUACUUACCACAAAUUAG